AUGCUCCGCGGCCAGACCCUCCCCUGGAGAGCUGCGCUCCACCAAACACCUCGGCCUUUACUUCGUCGGCCAUUCCUAGCUUCGCCACGGAAUAAUGCGAUCAUCCGCUCAGCAUUAAGCGCGACCCGAGUCGGUCGCGUGCUUCCCUCUGCUCCCCGCACGUUCUCCUCAAGCUCCAUUCAACGGAAAGAGAAACCCCCACCUGAGGAUCCAAAGGACGAGCCGGAACAGAAGAAUGAAGAUACACAGCAGGAGGACAAGGAAGCGGAGCGAACCCCUGACACCCGGAAGAAGCAGUCAGACCAGACCGGCCCCACACGGCGAAGGGAACGGUCGUCCGGGGAGAAGGAACAACGAGCAUUAGAAGAGGAAGCCAAAAAGGAAGCGAAGGAACCAGAAGAAAAGACUGACUCGAAUCAACCAUCCCCCAUCCCGCCUAGCAGUAGCUCGGCCGAUUCAAAGCCCAGUGCGGCAAGCAGCGGUGGAAAUGGUGGCAAUGACGACAGUGGGAAGAAGGGAAAGAAAGGCUCUGGAGACAAAGCUCUCCAGAAACCAGCUGUCCCGGAUGUAUACCCCCAGGUGAUGGCGAUCCCCAUUGCGAAGCGACCGCUGUUCCCCGGAUUCUACAAAGCGAUUACAAUCCGAGACCCGAGUGUUGCUGUUGCGAUCCAGGACAUGAUGAAGCGGGGUCAGCCGUAUGUAGGUGCAUUUUUGUUCAAGGAUGAAAAUGCCGACGGUGAUGUGAUUGAAAACUUGGAUGACGUGUAUGAUACUGGAGUUUUCGCCCAAAUCACGGCCGCAUACCCCCUUCGCGGCGAGUCCAGCGGUGUGACAGCCGUGCUCUACCCCCACCGGCGCAUCAAGAUCUCGUCACUUCUGCCUCCUAAUGAAGCCAGUAAGUCUGGAACCACCGAGACCAACGAAGACAAGACCACCGAGAAGCGAGGGGACGUCGUGGCCAGCUUUGAAGAAGGUGCACCUGAGAAUGCGCCCAAGGACCACUAUGAACCCACUUCUUUCCUCAAGAAAUACCCGGUCAGCUUGGUCAAUGUGGAGAACUUGACCGAGGAGCCUUACGACAAGAAAAAUGGUAUCAUUCGGGCAGUGACCAGCGAGAUUGUGAAUGUCUGCAAGGAAAUCGCUACAUUGAAUCCCUUGUUCCGUGACCAGAUCUCGGCUUUCUAUACCGACCAGUUUCCCGGAAACCUCAGUGAUGAGCCCGCCAAGCUUGCUGACUUUGCUGCCGCCGUUUCGGCCGGCGAGCUUCAUGAGAUGCAAGAAGUACUCGAGACCAUGAAUAUCGAGGAACGUCUCCCUAAGGCACUUGUGGUUUUGAAGAAGGAGUUGAUGAACGCCCAGCUACAGUCUAAGAUUACCAAGGAUGUGGAAGCCAAGAUCCAGAAGCGCCAGCGUGAAUACUGGCUAAUGGAACAAAUGAAGGGUAUCAAGCGAGAGCUUGGUAUUGAGUCUGACGGCAAGGAUAAGUUGGUGGAGAAGUUCAAGGAGAAGGCCGAGAAGCUAGCCAUGCCCGAAGCUGUCAAGAAGGUCUUUGAAGAGGAGAUCAACAAACUGGCUCACUUGGAGCCCGCUGCCUCUGAGUUCAAUGUUACUCGCAACUACCUGGACUGGUUGACUCAGAUCCCCUGGGGUCAAAAGAGCGUGGAGAACUUCGGUAUCAAGAACGCGGUCAGCGUCCUUGAUGAAGAUCACUAUGGACUGAAGGAUGUGAAAGAUCGGAUUCUUGAGUUCAUUGCCGUUGGCAAGCUCCGUGGCACUGUGGAAGGCAAGAUUCUUUGCCUUGUUGGUCCCCCUGGUGUGGGUAAAACUAGUAUUGGCAAGUCAGUGGCUCGUGCCUUGGACCGCCAGUACUACCGCUUCUCCGUCGGUGGUUUAACCGAUGUUGCGGAGAUUAAGGGUCACCGUCGAACCUACGUCGGUGCUCUUCCUGGCCGUAUCAUUCAAGCUCUGAAGAAGUGCCAGACCGAGAACCCUCUGAUUCUGAUUGACGAGGUUGACAAGAUUGGCCGUGGUCACCAGGGCGAUCCGUCUUCUGCCUUGCUGGAGCUUCUCGACCCUGAGCAAAACUCCUCUUUCUUGGACCACUACAUGGAUGUUCCGGUGGAUCUGUCGAAGGUCCUCUUUGUCUGCACUGCCAAUGUCACUGACACCAUUCCUCGUCCUUUGCUGGAUCGUAUGGAGCUGAUCGAACUCUCUGGCUAUGUGGCUGAUGAGAAGAUGGCGAUUGCCCAGCGAUACUUGGCCCCGGCUGCCCGAGAACUUACUGGCCUGAAGGACGUUGAUGUGAACCUCAAUGAGGAUGCCAUCGAGGAGUUGAUUAAGUCUUACUGCCGGGAGAGUGGUGUCCGCAACCUGAAGAAGCAGAUUGAGAAGGUGUACCGGAAAGCGGCUUUCAAGAUCGUCCAGGACAUCGGCGAAGAUGUGUUAUCGGAGGAGGCUGCGCUCACCGACGAAGGCAAGGCUGCUCAAGAGCAAUCUAAGGAACAUGAGUCCUCUGACCCUGCUGAGGCUCCUCUCGAGCCGGAGAAGUCCACCACCGAGACCCCUCGAUUGGCGCUCAAGGUCCCCGAGAGCGUGCACCUCAGCAUCGGCAAAGAAAAUCUGAAGGACUAUGUUGGGCCUCCCGUUUUCACCGCCGACCGCCUGUACGACCGGUUCCCGCCCGGUGUCACCAUGGGUCUUGCUUGGACUAGCAUGGGUGGCGCUGCGCUCUACGUGGAGUGUAUCCUGGAGAACGCCCUGAACCACCAGUCACGGCCGGGUCUGGAUAUCACCGGUAACCUGCAAAACGUUAUGAAGGAGUCCACGCACAUUGCCUACUCGUUCGCCAAGUCCGUCAUGGCGCGACAGUUCCCUGAGAACACGUUCUUUGAGAAGGCCAAGGUCCACCUGCACUGCCCCGAGGGUGCUGUUCCUAAGGAUGGUCCUUCGGCUGGUAUCACCAUGGCUAGCGCCUUGCUGUCCCUGGCGCUGAACCACUCGCUCGACCCGACCAUUGCCAUGACGGGAGAACUGACGGUUACGGGUAAAGUUCUUCGCAUCGGAGGCUUGAGAGAGAAGACUGUGGCUGCUCGUCGAGCUGGCGCGACCAAGGUCAUCUUCCCAGCGGACAACACAUCUGACUGGCUUGAGUUGCCUGAGAACAUCAAGAAGGGCAUCGAAGGCCACCCGGUCAGCUGGUACUCGGAAGUCUUCGACCUGUUGUUCCCCGAUCUCGACCACGAUAGCGCCCGCAAGGUUUGGCAGAAGGCGCUUACCAAGCCUAAGAAGGGCGAGGCCGAGGCUGAUGACGAGUAA